CCCUCCCCCCUCCGCGCCGCCCCCCAAAAAUAUGGUCAGCGGCGCUUGGAUGCCUCCAGGGGAAGAUGCGGCCGCCUUGCAGAUCCGUGGCAUCCCCCCGAGCCAGCUGGACAAGCCGUGCGCCGACUCGGAGCGGGCCCAGCGAUGGCGCCUCUCGCUGGCCUCGCUGCUCUUCUUCACCGUCCUCCUCUCCGACCAUCUGUGGCUGUGCGCCGGGGCCAAGCUGCGCUCCAGGGCUCGGAGCUUAGCCAUGCCGGCGGCGGCGGCCCUGGGGGCGCCCUGGGAGGGGGCCGCCUCCUCCUCCUCCUCCUCGCGGAGGCCCCCCACACACAACCUGAGCGCCGCCUCGUCGGAGGUUCCCUGCCCGCCCGGCCGCCCGGACCUGACCUCCGCUUGCACCAAACGGCACCUCUUGCAAGGCCCCCUGGCCGCGCUGCUGCCCGCCGUGCCUCUGCGGCCCCCCGGAGCCGCCGCCUCGGCCUCGGCCGCCAACGCCUCCAACAAGGAGGACUUCCUGGAGAGCCACUUUCGGAACUUCACCCUCUCCUUUUGCGAGACUUACACCAUCUGGGACCUGCUGCUGGGCAUGGCCGGCCCGGAGAGCCUGGACUGCAGCCUGGCGCACCUGCGGGAGGAUCUCCGCGCCGCGGCGGCCGGAGGAGCCCAGCAAGGGGAGGCCUGCAGCAGCUGCCUGGAAGCCUAUCAGCGGCUGGACCAACACGCUCAGGAAAAAUACGAGGAGUUCGACCUCUUGCUGGAUAAAUAUUUGCAAGCGGGAGACUAUUCCGUGAGCUCCUGCAUAAGAGACUGCAAGGCUGUCUACAAGGCUUGGCUGUGCUCGGAGUACUUCAAGGUGACGCAGCAGCAGUGCCAGCAGCGGAUCCCGUGCAAGCAAUACUGCCUGGAGGUGCAGACUCGCUGCCCCUUUGUGUUGCCAGACAACGACGAGCUGAUCUAUGGCGGGCUGCCCGGCUUCCUCUGCACGGGGUUGCUAGAGAACCAGCUCCCCGAGCAGGAGGCCAAGUGCUGUGAUGUGCAGUGGGACUCCUGCGACCACCCCCCAGACAGCAGCUCCAACGCAUCCACCAAGUCCACGGAGUCGGGGUCCUUCCCCCACCAACGCCAUGACGCCCCCCGUCACCAGCAACAGCAGCACUAUCACCUCUACCACCACCACCACCACCACCAGUACCACCAACCCCACCCAUCUCUGCUGCCGGUCUCUGCAGGGUCUCGCCUUGGCAACAGCAAAAUCAGACUGUGCGUCCUGGUCCUGAUGCUUCUCCACACCAUGGUGUCCUUCUCCAGUGUGCACAGCGGCGGCAGCGGCAGCAGCGGGGCACUGCGCUUGGAGGCCCUGCCCGCCUUAGAUGAGAGCAUCGCGAGAGACGAGUGACCCGGAGCGGGCAGGAAACCUCCAGGCAGGGCGCCUGCUCUUUUCCAUCGAGGGGGGCCCAUGCUCUUCCGUCAGUGGGAGGCACGGGGUUAGGGUGAUGCACACACACACACACACGCCCGCCCCCACGUGGCAUCCCCCCCAGGGCAGCUCGCCGUGGGGCCGUGAUGAAGCGGCUCUCCUGCACACAGGGCUGUGGGAGCUCGGCCUUGAGAAGGGUUCAGCCAGCCACAGGCCGUCAGCUGCUGGCUUCUGGCCUCGUAGAGGCCCAUCGUGGGUGGGAUGUCCAUGGCAGAGGGGAGUGGAAGCGAGCGGCCGCCUUCUGGGAGAGGCAAGCGGCUGGGCAGGGCUGCGGGGGUGGGGGGGAGUGCCGCCUCCCUCACUGCCCUGGGCCGUUGGUGGUGUGUUGGGGCAAAAGCAGCCUCUUCCCCAUGGAGGGGGUUGGCUCUGGGCGGAGGGUGACAGCAGUGGCUUCGCGGAGAUCUUUUUCUGCAACCCCAAUGACAUCAUGAUGAUGCAGUGGCCUCCCCCCCCCCCCCCCCGGCCCUCUACCAAGCCCCCGAGCUGAUAACUUCUGAAGAAACCUGGCCAUGCUCUCGGUCAUGGCAGGAUCCAUGGGGGGCGCCCCCUGACUCUCUUGCUCCCAGAAGGGCUUGAUUCCCAAGGAGAGGCCUUCAGGCUGCAGCACCUCCUCCCAGUUCCGGAUUUCCCUGGCCAGAAGUUAGUACUCCUGCCCCGGGCAGGGCAGCAUCAGCCUCUGCUCUGGCUUCACACCCCCACGGCAGGUUCCUCCUGCCAGCCAGCCAGGGUCCCACUGCUCCACCCAAGAGGCGUUUCCGCUUGGGGCUGGUGCACCAAUCCCCCUGUGCACAGCUUCCCUAGACAGGCUGCUCCUCUCCCUUUGGAGGGCAGCCUGUGUUUCUAGCCAGACACAAAGCACCAGUGAUGGCCUCUGGGCACUGGAGACAUUCCAAGGUCUCCCCUCCUCCUUUGGGCAUGCCCUCUGCACCACAGUCUUCUGCAUAUUCAGCCUGGGUUUCCUGAAAUGGCAUUAACUCCACACCCCACACCCCACCCCAGAGUAGCCCUCAGCCCCAGGAGGAGGAGACAGACAAAUGUUCGUAGCGAGGGGUCCAGGGGCAGUGGAAGACCGACCGAGGGGCGGAUGGAGCGCCAAGGCUGCUAGGCUGGUUUGUGUUGGGCUCCCCUACAGAGCAUGGUGAGUGGGGCUGUCCGGGGGGGGGGGUACCUGCAGUUGCAGCUCAGGAGUCCCCCUGCCCCUCCCAGAGGGAAAGGAAGGUGCGUUGGCCAAGCAGGCUCCAAGGAGAAGCCGGAGCCUGAGCCACACCCACAGAGGAAUGCAAGGUACGCCAUGUCCAGACACAUUCCUGGGGGAGCUGCCGCCGCCACCACCACCACGCCCCAGGGAACUCCACACACACACACCCCCACACAAGAUGCUGCACCUGGCGAGAGUUCCUCUCGCUCACGAAGAUGGUAAGUGCCAGAGGCAGGGACCUGACCCCGCAGUGACGGCGUGGACCUGAUACAGUGAGGACCGUGAAGCCCACCUGUGGAUGGGGAACCGUCCCUGCUCCCUGCAGCCGCCCCAGGCUCCAUGAGGAGGGCCCAGGCGUGAUCGGAGAGCAGCAGGGGUGGGGGCUCCAUUGUGCAGAAAAGCAGCUGGCCUCUCCGGCUGUGGCUUGACGGGUCCCUUUCCAGGUGGCGGUGGCGGGGGGGGGUCCCUUCCCAAGCAAGGAGUAGCCUGAGAAAGCUCUGAGGUCAGCCCCCCUCAAGCCCCUGCAGGGUCUUAUAGUGGUGGCUCUUCUGCCUGCCCAAGCGGCCACUCGCUCCUUCUGCCAGUCGGGCAUCCUGGGGGCUGGCUGCUGGCGUCCUUCCUUCUGUCCUGCAGGUAGCUUCCCGGUUGCACUGCUGCACUAAGCCAGAGGUGUGGCCAGCAGCCCUACAGAGAAAGGGCAGAGCCCUAGGGGGAAAUGAUGGGGGGGCGCAGGAGAGGCCAAGUGCAUUUCUGGGUGGGCAAGCUGUGAACCACAUGCUGGAUGUCAGAAACAGAAAUGGGGGAAGGCGGGCGCAAGCUUCUUGUCUGAGGGGUGCUCCCCCCCCCCGCCAUGUCACUGUACAGGACAGUGCCCAAAUUCCCCAUCACAGUUCAUUCCAUGGACCAACACACCCAGCCACCCAUGCAUGCACACAGACAGGCCCCAUCUGGACAGGUUUCUGCGCAUGGUGUUGAGUUCCUCCUGGUACACUGAAUGGGCGCAUUGACACCCAAGGACUGCCCCUCCUGUAAGCUGGGAGGCCAAGGCACCGCCCGCCGCCCGCCCUGCAAGGGGAGAGAGGCCACACUUCCUUCCUCUGCUUGAGUCACAGCUCUGGGUCCGCCUCCCCCCUCUGCUGGGUGUGCAGAAACCCAGGAGACCCCCCUCCCUUCAGAGGAGGUUGUCUGCUGCUCUGGGCUUCCUGCUUUCCAGCAGGGGGCUGGGCAGCAGCUCCUUUGAGGAGGGGAGGGGCCUUGUCAAGCUCAGCCCAUUCUGGUGCAAGAGCCGGGCAUGCGACUAGCAUCCGAUGCCGGCAGGGAGCAAAGCGGGGAGGUCCCCAGGCCUUGCUGGGUGGCUCCUCCUGCGGCAGGCUCCUGGGCUUGGAGGGCACCGGCAGGCCUGAGCCAGCCUGGCCUCCCCCGCUGGAGGUGCUGCUGUGCCUCAUCCCUGAGAGGCCAGGCUGGAAAGGGCAUUGGAGAGAGGCCGGACCUCUUCCUGCUGGGGAAGGUCCUGAGAAAGGUGCAAGAGAGAAACGAGCAGCUUCUCUGGUCGCAAAGGGGGUUGUCAGCACCUGCCUGGCUCCUUAGGAGUCACACUGCGAGAGAGUGAAGGUGGGAGCCCACCAGGUAGAUGCCCUUUGCAGGCUGAGUGGUUUGAGCAGGCUUGAAGGAGUGACUCUCAUCCUAAUGCAACUUCUUGGGUUCUUCCAGAACGGGGUCCGGCGGGGCGGGGUGUCAUUUUUCUGCACUCUUUUGCAUGAUGGUCCCAGAGGCAUCUUGCUGGCCCCUGCCAGAAACAGGAUGCUGGACUAGAGGGGCCUUUACUGUGGCCCAGCAGAGUCUUUCCUGUUGCGGGGGAGAGCAGAGGUUGCCAAAACACAAUUCCACCCAGCCCCCGCUGGGGGAAAAGUGCUCAUGAUGCCUGCUUAGUUGGGAUGGGACAGGAGCAAAAGGUCACGGGAAGGUAAGACUCCCUGACCUUUCCAGCCAGUCCCAGACCAAAGUGGCAGCUGAAGGUUUGGAUGCUUCUGUGAAGUGAACCUCAGCAAACCCUUUGGGUGACGUUUACAUCCCAUGCAACCCAGAUGUGUCGUUACCAAAGUCCUGAAUGCAUGGAGUGCGUCCACAGUGCUCCUUCCCGACAGUCCCAGAACCCGCUGGACACUAUGCAACAUGGCAGCAUAUGAGUGUGUGUGGACCCCCUCCAGACCCGCAGCCAUCUUCACAAAGGAGCUUUGGCCUUGGUGAUGUGGGUAAUGAGGCAGACCCUGGCCCAUCGGAGCCCUCACUAGCUGCUCUGGCUGGCACUCACUUUCUGUGUAGGCUCCGAUAAGGUCAGCUCCCAGCCCCGCUCAGAGAUGCCAGGGAUUUGACCGGGGAUGUUGCACGUGGCAAGCUUCCUCUCCGCCACAUGUUUUGGCCCCUCCAGGUGGUGAGCACAGGACACAGCCUAUCUUGUGCACUAAAAGGCCUGCUUGGAUGCUGGCUAUGGCUUAGCAAACCUCAUUUGGACUUUGUUUUUGCAAUCAUGUUUUGCAACAGGUGGGAUCAAAUGGGAGAGCACAGUGAGGCCCAAAGAAGGCUGUUGAUGCCGAAAAGAGGGUUGUAGCUAUGAGUUAGGCUCCUGGGAGUUUGCCUAGCUGUGUAUGCCUGUACUGGGACCCUGAAGGCUCUUGGUCCCGGGGAUCGUCUUGGGCCAAGAGACGAUGCGAGAUUCUGUGGACGUGGAACUGAGUCUGACUCCUUGCUCGGACUCUCCUGUUCGUAUCCAAGCCGACUUUGUCUUGCUAAGUAUUUUGGAAGAUACAUUCACUCUGAGCAGCAACAAAAAACCCCUCACACACACAACAGUCAUUGCAGGCAAUAUGUUUCUCCAGAGGUUUCCCACCACUGAGCACAGGGGCUUCGCUGCAUCUCCCUGCCAUCCAUCCCCUCCUCUUGCUAUUGUCGAUGGACACCAGGGCUCUCUCCCCCACCUUCGGGGCUCAGUUGGCCCACAAAGUGGACAUGAACUCAAAGUGUCACGGCUUUUCUUUCCCAAACAAGCUGCAGUCACAAAAUUUUCUCGUGGCCAGAUGCCAGUAAUGCAGCAGGCUAGCAGUGUGGGAGGUUGUACCCCAGCACAUCUCCACGAGAAGGCAGGGGUGUUCACAGAAGCCUGGGAUGUCAAACAUCGGUUGGGUUCUUUUUAUGCAAAAAUGUGUGUUUCAAAAGAGCUACAAAACUUCCUUCAACUGAUCUGGACAAACGUCUUGCCUCGUCCUCCCGCUUGGCCUGUCCCACAUGCUUGAAUGCUUGCAUUUGUGCCUUCUUCAGAGCCCCCCCCCCCCGCCGCCUUGCAGCUGAGCUCUUGGCUGAUUCUUUGAGCAGAAGCCAGGUCCGUCACAAUCGCAUUUCCAAGAGGCUGUCCCCCAAGUGCAUUUUUCAGAUGAUUGAAAUAUGGGUACAGUGGCACAAAUCCAGCACUACUUUAGAAAAAAAUAUUUUUUACAAACUGCAGAGUCUACAAUUGCAGAAGAAUGUUUUUUAGAUUGUUUUACCUUUAUUAUAUUAUGAAAAUAGAAUAGAAUAUCUUAAAGUUUAAAAACAAGAUAGUUCAGGAAGGGAGGAGCUGGUGGAGUUCCAUAGACAUGAAGAGGGCCAGUGACCGAGACCAGCACCAGUGAGCGGCUGCUGGGCAUCCGCCCGAGGCCACCUCUGUGCCUGCAGUCUUCGUGUGGCAGCCGUGGCAGAGUGGCUCUCUCAGGCCCCCCCCCCGAUAGGAGCAGGCCCAUGGAGGGCAGUUGGCCAGGGGCCGCCUGACACCUAGGGCUGGCCCUGGGCAUGAAAGACCUCUUCGGAAAGAAGGAUGGAGAUGUGUAGUUUUCAAUGGAAGAUCCUUUUUCUAUAAAAUCUUUGAAUUUUCACAUCAAAUUCUAGGAAGAGCUCUCUAGAAUACUAUUUCCCACAAAGUUUAGAAGAUAGAGGUGGCAACUUUUAUCCAACAUGUUACUUUCUCUCCACUGCAGCUUAUAAAAUUGUGAUUCUGUUGUGGUUCUAAUAUAGUAUUGAGAGGCACGAUUUGUGAGUAGCAAAGACACUGCAAAAUAUUUCCGUAUUCAUGCAUCUCACCUGUGGAACUCUCUGCCAGGGGAUCUGGCACUGGUUUCAGCAAAAGUGGAAAGAUUUGGCUGAAAGGGGAAAGGGGGAAAGAUGUGGCUAUAAGCUGGGAGGGUCAGAAGAGGCAUCUCUCUGCAAAGUGAAAGACCUGAACCAGCUGCACGGUUAAUGUGAGCAAAAGGAACCUGGACGGUCUCCCCCUAGCCUCCGGCAGAGCUGCCCUCCAAGGCUCGCACUCCUGGACAUAGCUGGCAUUUGGACAAAAGGCCCGGCGAGUGUUUCCUCUGUCCUGCAAAUCCACCCAGACCUUUCUCCCUUGUGAGCCGUCCAUCCCAUAGGAAAUGGUCCUGGCUGCAUCGUUCCCCAUUGCAACCGUUUCUUCCGUCUCUGAUGAGAAGCAAAGCAGGCUGCCCAAAGUGUAGAGUCCAGGGGUCCCAGUCCAAGCCCUGCGUCUCCCUCUGACCAUGCAAAGAAGUUGGGAGCUUGAAGUGGGUUCAAGGGUUACUCUCCAGGGGCAACUACCCGUGUGGAGUUCAGGACCCCACUCUGAAGGGAAGCCAAACCUGAGCCAGUGAGCAGACUUGGCGCUGAAUUCUGGCAAGCCUCUGAUGUCAUUUGUGAUUGGUGCUGGCACUGACUUCUCCAGGAAGGAAGUGUGCACGGCAGCCACAUUAUGUGGACACGUGGGCCUCUGCAUGUCUGGGAGCAGCUCUUUCAUGGACUCCAGGCCUUUUCAUCAGGUGUCACGCCCAGCAGAUAUUUGCAUGCACGGGGGCGGGGGGGGGGGUUGGGAUAGAGAAAGAGAAACCAGCAGUUCUGGUGGAGACAAAGGGACUGUAAGCUGAAGGAAGGGUCAUGGGGGGGGCCGCCCUGGCGCCUUCCAGGUUGUAAAGUAGGAGGCCGGGGCAAGUCGUGUCCCUGGGGGAGAGACACUUUGGAUGGCGCUCUCCUUCGCUGGGUGGGCCCCUCUGACUCCUGUUCUGCAACUGAUACCUUAGGACAAAAACCUGACAGAGUGUGUUAAAGUCAUGUUUUAAAGUGCAGGGAGUGGGGGGGGGGUGUCUGUCUGUGGAAUGGAACUCGUGUUGGAUGCUGAGGUGGGGGAUGCUGAGGUUCUGGCAGGCACAGGAGAGCGUCUCCUGAGUGCCCAGCAAACCUAACCGUGAGUGGACACAGUAUCCGAGAGAGCCUGGCCAUGACGCUGCCCCCCUCCCACCCCUCCGGGCCUGACUGUAGGCACCCUGGCAGCUUCUCUGCCUGUUCGCAGGCAGGCGGAAUGCUGGCUUAGGCAGGACGGCAGCCUGAAGCCCAGAAGCCCCCAGCCCCAUCUCAUAGCCAGCCCCAUCACACAUCCCCAUCUGAGCUUUAUGCAGGGCCGUCUUGCCCGCUCUUUGGCACAGCAAGGGCUGGAUCGACUCGCAAUGCAUCGUCCCCUGUCUGCUCCUAAAGAAGUACUCCACAGACCUGAGAGACGCAGCACGGGGGGGGGGGACCAGCGGGGCGGGGGGGCCUUCCUCUUUGACCGCGGAAGGUUCUCCAGCUCUGGCCAGAAGUGCAUUGCCAGGGGCGGGGCGGGGCGGGGUGCCCAGCAGGGCUCUGACAGGCCUCACUCACCCAUCCUUGAGCGGACUUCUGGCGAGAAGAGAGUCCAAAAACCAAAGGGGGACCCAGACUGGUGGUGGGGAGCGGGGGGGCCAGGAGAGUGGAACGACGGGGAGGAGGCACCUCUGCAGUCCCGACGCCCCCGGCGCACGAAUCCCCUUUCAAUGCGGUUUUAUAAUGCUCGGAUCCCCCCCCAACCCCGUUGUCUUAUUUUCAGGCUCUUUGAGGGCCUCGGUGGUGGGGAAGGAGCCUCUGGCGACCCGCCAUGCAAGCCCCCGCCAGCCUCAGUGCUGUGCGACACCCCCCCCGCCCCCGCAAGCAUUGCAAGCGCCGCUGGCAGCCGCAGGGAGGGCGAGGCUCCACCCAGAGAGGCUUCCCGCUCGGAGCAGGACCGGGCCUGCUGCUGAACCCUUCUCAAGCGCUGCCGGCCACUGACUGUGCUACUCCGGGCUGCGAAAAGCCCCUUUUCCAGGGCACGGCCGGCGGCAGCGAGGUUGCAAGGAAACCAGCCGGCAUCUCGCGCCAAGUCCACCUUCGAAAACCUCCUUUCUAGCCCCGCCCCUUGCUCCUCCUCUUUCUCUCCAGCUCCUCCCUCUUUUCUCAGCGCUCUCCUUGCCCUCCCCCCCCCUCCUGGUUUCUCUCUCUCCUCCCCUCCGUCACCGGAAAGUGACCCCGGUCCGGGGGGCGGCGGCAGUUUUCUUAGGCCCUUUUCUACACUGUGCUUCAUGUUUAGAACUUUUUUGCACUAGUUCCUAUUACAUUUCUUUUCCAAGAUGGUUUGACAAAAAAGGGGGGGAGGGAGCCCACCAACAACAAAACCAUGCUAUAAUUCAGUUGUAUUAAAAUAUUACCCUAACUACUCUCUGUGUUUCAAUAGUCUCUGUACCUGUAAUGCUUUCAGUUCUGUUGUAUUUUGGACCAGAGGCAGUUUUCUCUGCUCCUUGUUUAACCCAAUAAAGAAAUAAAAUGUUCAGAAUUGAUGAUAA